UGUUAAGAUUCUCACGAAAGCUGCAUGAAGAAAGGAACACAAUUUUCAUAUAGUUUGGUUUCAUAAGGAAUCAAACUAAAUAUUCAAAGUCUAGCUGCAAAAGUUUGAAAUUUUAGACAGGUUGAAUUUUGGAGAAUGAAAAUGGCCACAAGGCAACACUUUCCACCCUGUCCCAAGAAGAUAUAUCAUGAAGACAAAGUCAACAUGCCCUGCUUCUCAGAAAUUUCUCCAUAAACAAAAUCCAACUACAACUUGCCAACCAAGUCGAUUGAUCAAGCAACAGUUUGCCAUAACCUCCUUCAGAUCUUUCCACUGCAACCCAGAAUGGGUUUCCUCUUUGACACUUGGGUUUUCAUGAUCUUGUUAUUCUCAAACUGUUCUUUGAGUCUGGCUCAGCAACCUUAUGUGGGAAAGGUCACAACAAAUUGUAGCAACACAGAUAAUUCUGCUCUUGGCUACUUCUGUAAUGGCCUAAACCAUAGUUGCCAAGCCUACCUCACCUUCAGAUCUCAACCCCCCUACAACACUGUUCCUGCCAUCUCUGCUCUCUUGGCCUCAGACGCGUCCCAGCUCUCUCAAAUUAAUUCAGUUUCCGAGACUGCAACAUUUGAAACGAACAGGUUGGUGCUUGUUCCAGUCAACUGCUCCUGUUCAGGUGAGUACUAUCAAUUAAACACAACUUACGUUGUCCGGACUGGUGACAAUUAUUUGUCAAUUGCUAAUAACACCUUCCAAGCCCUUUCAACCUGUCAAGCUCUCCAGAAUCAAAACAAAUAUUCCGCUGCCAAUUUACCUGCUGGUGCAGGAAUCACUGUUCCUCUUAGAUGUGCUUGUCCUACAAAGAACCAAACUGAUUUGGAUGUCAAUUAUUUAUUGAGUUACCUAGUCAGUGAAGGUGAAGAUGUUUCAACCAUUAGUGAUAGAUUUGGUGCAAGUUUGGAGAAGACUUUGGAGGCUAAUGAGCUUUCUCAACAAAAUCCCUUUAUUAAUUACUUCACCACGCUUCUAGUUCCGCUUCAACACCCGCCAUCAAGUUCUCAAACCAUAGCACCGCCACCACCGCCGCCAGCGUCGCCGCCGCCUCCUCCUACGUCUUCCUCUAAUAAAAGCUCAAGUAAAACAUGGGUUUAUGUCCUUGUUGGGGUUCUUGGAGGAAUUGCUCUUGUAUUGGUCUUUGGAGCCAUCUUAUUCUGUGCAUUCUCCCGUAGAACUAAGAAGAAAUCUGAUUCCAUUAUUGUCUCUGGUAACUUCGAGCCACGCGAGAAACCACUAAGCAAAAAGGUUGAGGAAGAAGCUAAGGACUUCUUAGAGAGCAUAUCUAGCAUUGCUCUGUCCCUUAAAGUGUAUAAGUUUAGGGAACUCCAACAUGCAACAGAUGAUUUCAACCCCAGUAGUUUGAUUAAAGGAUCUGUUUAUCGUGGCACAAUCAAUGGGGAUUUGGCGGCCAUUAAGAAAAUCAAUGGAGAUGUGUCGAAAGAGAUCAGUUUAUUGAACACGAUCAACCAUUCCAAUAUUAUAUGCCUCUCUGGCGUCUGCUUCAAUGAUGGUCAUUGGUAUCUUGUUUACGAAUAUGCUGCCAAUGGAACCUUGAGUGAUUGGAUCUUUAACAGCAAUAGUGAUGGAAGACUUUUGAGCUGGACACAGAGAAUACAGAUUCUACUGGAUGUGGCCACUGGGCUUAACUAUCUCCAUGGCUUCACUGCUCCUCCCCAUGUCCACAAGGAUAUAAAGAGCAGCAACAUUCUUCUGGAAAGCGAUUUCAGGGGUAAGAUUGCAAAUUUUGGUCUGGCAAGGUCAGCAGAAGGGGAGGAAGGUCAAUUUGCCUUGACGAAGCACAUCAUUGGAACUAGAGGUUACAUGGCUCCUGAGUAUUUGGAACAUGGUUUUGUCUCCACAAAGCUUGAUGUCUACGCAUUUGGGGUUCUCAUGCUGGAGACAAUGACUGGGAAAGAGGUUGCUGCUUUGUAUGAAGAGGAAAAUAUGCAAUUUUCAGAUGUCUUGAAAGCUGUGCUUCUUGAGGAGGAUAGACAGGAGAGUUUGAGGCACCUCAUGGACCCUUCCCUGCAAGGGAAUUAUCCUUCAGAACUUGCUGUUUUCUUGGUCAGACUGAUUGAUAGUUGCUUAAAGAAAGAUCCAGCUGGUCGACCUGCCAUGGAUGAGAUUGUGCAGUCUCUCUUAAGAACCUUGAACACUCACUGACUUGGGAAUUGUCAAAGAACAUAUCACAGUAACAAAGUUCCAGUGGAAGCUCUAUUUCAGAGUCGUUAGAACAGGACCAUUCAGCCACUUAAUGUAUGCUUUUUACGUGAGGAUUAUUUUGAUAUAAUGAACUGUGCUUGUAUCGCAAUAUUUUGCUUUAGCUUCUAGACAUGUCAAAUCUAUUUUUGAAUCUUAUACAGUACUCCUGUCUCAUAUUAGUGUAGGGUGUAGCCUGUGUAGUUUGUAAGGUACUUAUCAUGAAUUACAGUCCCUCAAAGAGCAA